GCUCGGGCCAGCCCAUGACGGUUGGGGAGGGCAUGUACGUCGUGUACCUCGAGUACACCGAUGUGCCACCUGGCCAACACCCAGAAGACCGCCCCCGUUUUGUGGCCAAAUUCCUCAAGCGGCCCUCGUUCCCAGAUUUUGUAAGUGAAGAACCUCAUAGCUUGCCUGUGUUCUGAUACAUAUGAGCGUCUGUCCUUCACCUUCAGGCCCAUGAAGGCUUUAAGACGGUGCGACGCGCGGCCAACAAGUGGAAGGGCGAGCGCGCUACAAGCGCCAAGGAGACGGCACCCAUCCGCCACCCGCCCAUCCCGCCAGCCUCCUGGAUGGCCCCUGGGCUGAAGGAGCCGGCUGAGGAAUGGAGCGGGUGGCCUCCAGCCGUCCUCCCCUUUCACAACACACACAUCAACGUCCAGACGGACAGCCGGGGUGUCGAGGGGCGUACCGUUGUGAUAAUGCCAUUGAUGGAGGGUGAGACAGCAGACGACACAUGCAGCACUGCUUCUAUACUUUCACCUUUCUUUGGUCAGGUACCUGGGACGGACUACAGCUGGGUGAAAUCAGCGUUGCUGAGCUCAAGGGCCAUUUCGCUACGGCGUUGAGAGGGCUACAUUUCUAUCAAGAGAGGGAUGUAUCCAUUUUUGACGUCAAGGUAAGGAGACAAAGGCCACCAGAUGAGCUUCGUUUGACCUUGUCUUAAGUGGCUCUCCGUCCCCCUUUGUGGCUGCCCAGGUUGACAAUAUGGGAAUCUUCAAGGGCCAGUGAUGUGGCAGGGGCGCCCACCACAAGAGACGGACAAGGCGGUCGAGCCGCAUGGCUGCGAAGGGGGAGGGAAUGAGUGUACAUGGGGCCAUGGAUGGGUGGAUGGAUGGAUGAAUGAACGGCAGCCACACGACAGCCACACGCCGUGACACACAGGUGGAUGGUGCACCUCUCUAGCUCUAGCCACACUUGCCUACAAUGCAUUCCAAUGACGAUUGAUUGGUCGCCUGGAUGGAUGAGUUGUAGUUGUGCUUCUUUCUAGUGAGUGACGUGUGUGCGGUGUCCGUCUGCUGUGUGUGCUGCACGUUUGGCUGACCGACCGAGUUGUCGAUGCCCUUUGUCUGUGUGUAAUUUAUGUCGUGAAGUGAGUGGAGUACCCGACUGUCGCCUUAUCUCGGUAGUAAAUGCCUUUUCUGUGAUGCAUUUGUCCGGCUGCGCUUGAUUAAUUGUGUGCACGUGAGAGCGUACAUGUCCAUGGAGAGGGGAGAGCGGCGACACGCCAUACAUACCUUCAUGCAUCAUUACCUACGUGUGUCCAUCCAUUUGUGUGUGAGAGAGAGAGAGAGAGCGUCCGUCCGUCCAUGUGCAUACGAGAGAGCGCGGCGGCUUUAGUCCCAUCCAUAGUUCAUGAGGCCAUCUGUGUACGGGGAGUGUGCUGUGGGAUGGCUGUGAGACAGCAGCUUACAUGGGAGAGAGCGCCUCGGCGAGUGUGUGGUCUGCCGAAGUUUUUGUUAGUGAGAGAGCGAAGCUCGUGUUUGUAUGUCGCCCAACCAGCGGGGUUGUGUGUGUCUGAGGGAGGGGUGAAUGGGAGGGUGGCGUGUGUGGCGGCAGAGAGGCCUUUCGUCUUUCGUUGCCUACAUUUUAUAUUCGGAUGUCAGCGUUGGCACAGCGGCAUACGUACGGCGGUUUUGCUACUAGAUGAAUGAAACAUCUGGACAGAGGAGACGAA